AUAAUGUUGACAGAAGGGACCCGAGAGUUCCGACAGUGUGUCAGGUUUUUCUGAAAUUCAGUCAAAAAAAGUAGAAAUUCGCAAUAUUUCCACAACAAUUCGCGUAAAAAACUAUUCGGAACGUUUAAGCGAUCGCAUAUCAUUCAAGUGUUUUUGAAGUUCGGCUGCCAGAAUCGAAUUCAAGAAGAAUUUAAUUGUUUUACAAAAAAAAAAAUUUGUGUACACCGAAGAAGAAUACACGCGUAUUUUUAUCGACAUCGACGCUUUAGUCGCAUUAAAAAAUGGCUGGUCGAUUUGAUCAAGGUCAACGACAACAAAAACCUCCACCAACCGAGCCACCAUAUCUGGCGUUUGUUGGUAAUUUGCCGCAAGGACUUGUGCAGGGCGAUGUCAUGAAAAUAUUCGAAAAAAGCAAUGUGUGCGUACGGAAUGUACGUUUGGUCAAAGAUAAGGAAACCGAUCAGUUCAAGGGAUACUGUUACGUCGAAUUUGACACUCAACAGGAUUUGACGGAUGUAUUGAAAUUGGAUGGACGUAUUCAGCUCGAGGAAUCGCUUGCCCCUCUUCGCAUUGAUGUGGCCGAGCAGAGGAAAGAUCGAGGUGGCUUUAACAAACGAGGCGGAACCAAUCAAAAUCGUGGACAAGGUGGAAACGGUGGUUUUACUAGAAGACAACCAGGAUCUGAUUACAAUAAUCAGUAUCCUCCACAACAACAGCAACAGCAAGGACGAGGAGAAUACAGAGAUGAUAAUAGGAAUCGUGGUGGUAAUGGCGGUGGCGGUGGUGGCGGCAGCUACAAUGGUGACCGUAACAAUCGAGGACGGUACGGUAAUAAUUUCAACGAUGAAGGACGAAGAGGAGGUCAUUAUAAUGAUCGUGGAAAUCGGGAAGGAAGCUACGGUGGUCAGAGUCGAGAAGGUGGUGGUGGUUACUACAAUCGAUCGAGGGAUGGUCCGCGGGAUGGACCACCAAGAAAUAGUGAAAGGCCGGCUGCUGCUAGCACUAUAAAUGAUGAAGACCGGCCCCGUUUGAAUUUAAAACCGCGUACUAUUGCCGAUCCGCUAAAUGCUUUAGCUGAGACGAAACAAGCAGCUUCUAUAUUUGGUGCAGCCAAACCUCGCGAGGAAAAAAUCAAGGAAGCUUCAGAAUAAUUUAUUAGAAAACACUAACUGUAGUUCGUCAAACCAACAACAACAACAAAAGGAAAAUAAUUGAAAACGAAAAAAAAAACACAAAAAACAAAA